UGCCUCUCUCCAUGCUAUAAAUUCUACACUUUUGACUCCGUUUACCCUCUAAACCCUCUCUCUGCCUCUUCCUUCGCGUUUGCCUCUCCAAGUACCUCACUCGUACCCUAACCAGAGCAACAAUGGCUGUCGAGGGUUUGGUACUUCGCGGCACCAUGAGGGCCCAUACUGACCAGGUCACUGCCAUCGCCACCCCGAUUGACAACCCCGACAUGAUUGUCACCUCCUCCCGCGACAAAUCCAUUAUCCUCUGGCAACUCACCAAGGAGGAGAAGACUUACGGGGUUCCCCGCCGCCGCCUCACUGGCCAUUCCCACUUUGUCCAGGAUGUCGUCCUCUCUUCCGAUGGUCAGUUUGCCCUUUCCGGCUCAUGGGACGGUGAGCUCCGCCUUUGGGAUCUCGCUACUGGUGUCUCUGCUCGCAGAUUUGUUGGACAUACUAAGGAUGUGCUUUCUGUGGCUUUCUCCAUUGAUAACCGUCAGAUUGUGUCGGCUUCCCGUGACCGUACUAUUAAGCUAUGGAAUACUCUUGGGGAGUGCAAGUACACAAUCCAAGAUGGUGAUGCUCAUUCUGAUUGGGUGAGCUGCGUCCGCUUCAGCCCCAAUACUCUUCAGCCCACUAUUGUUUCUGCUUCUUGGGACCGCACUGUGAAGGUGUGGAAUUUGACCAACUGCAAGCUAAGGUGCACUUUGGCUGGUCAUGGUGGUUAUGUGAACACUGUUGCUGUGUCACCUGACGGGUCAUUGUGCGCGAGUGGAGGGAAAGAUGGUGUGAUUCUGCUGUGGGAUUUGGCAGAGGGGAAGAGGCUUUACAGCUUGGAUGCAGGUGCAGUUAUUAAUGCUUUGUGUUUCAGUCCCAACAGGUAUUGGCUCUGUGCAGCCACUGAACAUAGUAUCAAGAUCUGGGAUCUGGAGAGCAAGAGCAUUGUAGAGGACUUGAAGGUCGAUCUCAAGGCCGAGGCUGAGAAAUCUGAGGGCAGUACCGCUACUGCUACCAGCGCCAAAAAGAAGAACAUCUAUUGCACAAGCUUGAGCUGGAGUGCAGAUGGAAGCACUUUGUUCAGUGGUUAUACAGAUGGAGUUAUCAGAGUGUGGGGGAUUGGACGCUUUUAGGAAGCUUUGAUUUUAGCAGUGCAGAUUCCAUUUUUUCUUUUUUGAACGCUAAACAAAUGAUUUUCUUUGUAGCAGUUGAAAACCUAUUUAAAAUUUUGUUGGAAGUGUUGGAUCUUUGGUUGUCUCUUUAAGUUGGAUACUAUGUAUGGCUUUGAGUUGAGGCCUCUGUUUUGAUUUUGGAUCACA